AUGUCUGAGGAGCCGCCUACACUAGCUCAAGCUACUGGUGGUACCGUCCCAGCCGGAACGAACAAUGACAAUGUCACUUCGACCAUUCCUUCAGAGGACAUACCCGACUCAGAGACAACCAAGGAUGGGAAAGAGAAAGACCAAGGUCCAGAGGUGAUAAUCACGGAAACCAGUACAGAUGCGGAUAUGGAUUUGGCACCUUUACCAACCGAAUUUGACCCCAACGCACCCGCUCCCACUUUACCUGAAACUGCCGCAGAGGAUCCAAGCACAUCGAACCCAUUUGGUGUAACGGAAGUACCAGAGGAAGAUGAUCUGAACUCUAUUGAAGAUCAUGGGGGAGGUGAACAGGAACAGAAUGAGAAUGGACAAAGGGAAGAGGAAGAUGAAGGUAAGAUGAUGGAAUACAUCACUUCGUUACAGCAUUUUGGAGGGCCCGACGAAGAAGAAGAAGAGGAAGAGGUGGAACAGAUUGAAAUCAGAGAUAACGAGAAAACCCCCAAAGAUGAGGUGGAGGAAGAUAAAGAUGAACCAGCGGAUAAAUCUCAAGAGCAGCAGGAGCAGCAAGAGCAGAUGAAAGAUAGCGAAGGAGAUGAUACAGUCAUAAUGACAAAGGACGUCGAGAUGACUUCUAGACAAUCAUCACCCCUCACACCGAUUAACGACAUCCCAGAACUCCCAGCCGACCUCAACCUCUCCCCUAGCGCUCCUAGCACUUCUGCUCCUCUACCAUCGGAACAUCCACUACCAACCUCCAGAUCAAGAUCGAGAACAAAGGAAAUACCCAAUCGGACCAAUCUUUCCGAAGAGGAAGCGGAAAAUAACUCUAAUUCGAUACCUCACGCAGAAUCUUCAUCUUCCGCUGCUGCUCGGAAAAGAUCAUCGGCAUCUAUCACACCUGUACCCACUCGGCUCCCCAUCACAGCUACGUCAAAGAACAAAAUGUCUGUAAAAAGGAAAUUACCCGAGAAACCUAGAGCUAAGACCAAAGGCAAAGGAAAAGGCAAAGCAAGGGAAGAUGAUCUCAUUGUGAUUGAUGGUGAUGAUGAGGAUGAGGAAGAACGGGAGGACGAUCUGAAUAGUAUUGAAGAUCCCGAUGAAGCUCGAGAUUCGAUAGUGAUUGAUCGUGAUAAAGAGGGGCAGGAUGAGGUCAAUACGGAUGAAGAGGGAAGGCGAAAUAAGAGGGUGAAGGUGAAUGGAAGGUUGAUCAAAGCAAAUGGGUCUGCAUCUGGGACGAAAAAGCGUUCAGGAGAACCUAAGUCAACUCCAAAAGCUCCUGACAAAGCUACCGAAAAGAUUGCUCCCCGUGCAAAAGGAAUGUCAGACGCGAUGAUAAAGAAACUCCUGAAAGGAAAGACGAAAGAAGUUCAAUUGGCUUCAUGUCAAAGACCGAGAUAUGGCAAAUGGGGUAAAUGCACGCAAUGUAUAGCGAAAUUGGGUGGUGAUAGUUGUAGAUUCAGAGACUUUAGGACUUUCCCUAUCGAUCCUGAAACUACUGAUAUCAUCGGACCGGGAUAUUUCGAAUCUACAGAAUGGAAAGAGGAUAUGACACCUUUGCCGACGGAGUUCAAUAGGGAUUUCGAAGAGGAAACAAUAGUCAAGACGGAGAAAACGGUCGCUCCCAUGUUGUUACCUCUGAUAACGGCCGAAGCGAGGCAUGUAUUUGGUCAGAAAUCCAUCAAGAGGGGCAUGGACGCUGCUAAACAUCGGUCUGUCUGUGACUUUUGCUCGUCAACAAUAUUCGGCGGAUGGUUCUUCUGUAAGACAUGCGGACGUGAUUAUUGUCUUCAAUGCGAGCGGUAUUUCCCUGAUUCUCUCGAAACCAUCAUGGAUUCGCCUUGGCCUAUGCCCGAUGCUGCCCGACCGAGAUUAUUGAGAUGUCAACAUGUAGGGGAAAAACAACAGUCUCGAAGACCUGCUAUGCAUUACAGAUCGAAAUUACAAGCCGUAUCUCGAUUCAGCGAAGAAGAACUGAAAGAUCAUUGGUUAAAACUGUCAUCAUUCGUUUUGGAUGAUGGGAAAGAAAGUCUGGAUGGGAAAUUGGGUUUGAUGGGUUUGAAGAAAGAUGACCAGGAUGUGAAACGGAUCUUAAUUUUGAUGGGUCAGGAAGAGAAGGAGGUGAAAGAUAGUGAUGAGCCGUUGCCUCUUCCCAAUGAUGAGAUUGAUCAGGAGAUUGGUUUAUCGGAUGGUGAUGGAUUAGAAGAAAUCAAAGAUAUAUUCGAAUAUACCAAGAUCACCAAUACCACUGCUGAACCUAUCCCCGAUCCUGCGGAAUUACGAGACGAAUCGAGAAAGUUUGUCCUCUUGAAAGAUCAAGAUUUGACAAAUGACGUGUUUGAUAAGAUUUGGUCGAAAGGUGAACCGUUAGUUGUGGAUGGAGUUGAUAGGAAAUUGAAUUUGGGUUGGGGUCCGGAUGAUUUCAUUGAGAGGUUCGGUGAUGAGGCAUGCUAUGUCGUAAAUUGUCAGACCAACGUACCUAGACCCACGACCGUAGGGAAAUUCUUUGAGGAAUUUAAGGAUUCCAAAGGACGAAAUAAGGAUAUACUGAAAUUGAAGGAUUGGCCCGCUACGGACGAUUUCAAGAAUACUCAUCCGGAAUUAUACAACGACUUCUGUGAUGCGCUGCCUGUUCCUGAUUAUACGAGACGUGAGGGUGUCCUCAACCUGUAUUCCCAUUUCCCUCCUGGACCGACAAGACCUGAUAUAGGACCUAAAAUGUAUAAUGCCUUUGAAGCGAAAGAAACCACUGGUGGAUUCGGUUCUACUCGAUUGCAUAUGGAUGUAGCGGAUGCCGUGAACUUGUUACUUUAUGCCAGUCCAAGGUCGAAACCUAAGUCUAAACCUGAGUCGAAGACAAAUCCGCGUUCAGAUGAUCAAAGUGUAGGAGUUGUGGACGGUAAGGAACCGAGCGAGGAUCAGGAAAAGAAUAAGGACGAACCCGCUCCGCAGCCUGUCCAACAAGAUGAAAAUGCAAAUCCAGACUCGGAAAAAGAAUUAGCACCAGAACCAGAAUCAGAUGGUGACUCUCAACCUGGAUGUGCUGUAUGGGAUCUAUUCCGAGCUGAAGAUGCGGAUCUCAUCAGAGAUUUCUUAACUGAGAAAUUCGGAAAUACCCAUAUUUUCACGGAUCCAAUUCAUUCACAAUUGUUUUAUCUCGAUUCGGAUCUGAGAAAGGAGUUAUAUGAAACCAGGGGUGUAAGGGGUUGGAGGAUCUAUCAGUAUCCUGGCCAAGCGGUGUUCAUACCUGCCGGAUGCGCUCAUCAAGUUUGUAAUUUGGCGGAUUGCGUUAAAAUUGCAUUGGAUUUCGUCAGUCCUCAUAAUGUCAAAAGGUGUCAACAGCUCACUCAGGACUUCCGGAAAGAAAAUUUCGCGAAAGCUUGGAAAGAGGAUGUUCUGCAGUUGUAUAAUGUUUUGUGGUACGCAUGGUUGUCAUGUAUUGAAACUCGUAAACGACGUCAACGUGAAAGCGAGGAAGCUGCCUUGGCUCAAAAAGCGAGAGAAGCACAUUUGGCAUCUUUGAGAAAGGGUCGACAUGAAUCUUGGGAUGGUGGACAUAUGACAAGAAUUGGUAGUCCGUUAUCAUCAGCUUGGAACGUUUCGAGUGUAAGGGACGAACCUCAAUUAGAGAGUCGAUCGCCUAGUUUAUCGAGAUGUGGAUCGCCUACUAUCGCUAGGGUUAUGGGUGAAGAUGACACUCCCCGACAAAAGGAGGGCGGAGCGGAAAAAGAGGUAGAUAAGGAAGGAGAGGAUGACGGGGAAAGUGAAAAGUCGAAAAAACAAGAAGAAGCUCAAGAGAAAUUAGCGAAGGAGUUGUUCGAAAUUACCAUAAAGAAAGAACCACCUUCUUCAUCUGAAACCUUCCUAGGUUCAAAUACGUUAUGGUCAGGGAAGAAAGGCGUGGUGAGCAUCACUAAACCUUUUACCGGUACUGGUAAUGCCAUGAAACCCCUUUCAAUGAAGAAGGAAAAUAAGGAUGAGGGUGAGAGUGAAGACGUAAAACCUACCCUUUCGACUCGACAACAAGCGCUAUCAGAUAAACAAAAGGAACAGGAAAGACUGAAGAUAGAAAGAAGGUUAAAAAACCCACCCAGAGCUUUGAAGACUAGUACGUUGAUAAAAUUGGGAGCGAAAAGAUUGGAUGAUAUACUGGAGAUGGCUCAGAGAGAGAUGUUUGGCGAGGGUCUGGGUUCGGAGGGUAUUGAGGGAAUGGGGAUGGGUGAUAUCUGGCCAAAUCCGAAUCCGAAUCCGAAUCCGGUUCCUACCGCGCCGGCUGUUGCUGAAGAGAUUCAAGUACCCGACGAUGGUCGGAUGGUUUUGGAUGAUACUCAGGUUCCUGGUCAUCCAAUGGAAGUGGACGUGGACCUGGACAUGGAUAUGAAUAUGGAUAUGGAGAUACGCAAUUCACUCAGGUCUUUGCAUGAUGUGUUCAGGGAUCAGGAACGAGCACAAGCUGAAGAACAGCGGCAGCAAACUGAAGAAAGACAAGAUGGUAAUGUUGACGUGGAUGUUGAUGAUUUCUUCAAUCAUGAACCACAACAGCCGGAAGAAGAGGAAGAGGUGGAACAAAUUGAAUACAAAGGAGAACAAUCUGUCAACAAUAUGGAUAAUAUGGGAAUCGAAGAAAGUGAAAGAGAUAGAGAAGAACUGGCAGCCAAUUUGAGGUUGGUAGGUGAGAUUGAUAUGGACAUGGCUGAUGCAGGUGGUGAACAAGGAGAGUUUACGUUGGAGUAG